ACACGACCAAGAGCGUUGACAAAAUAGAAAAAGACGACUAAACCGUCGCUAAAUUUCCAGCUGAUUCCAAAUGGCAUACAUCACUUAUAUAAGUUUCCGUUUGUUUCAGUUCGUUGUAGUUCGUUUCUGCAUCUUCCGUAUCUUCGCUAUGUAUAAUUUGUGCUGUUUUGCCUCUGUGUUGUUGAAAACCAUCGGUUCGUGAGGCAGUGGAUCUACAAUUUGUGAUCGCUUGAAGUAAUCUACAGAUGCUGCAUGUAAAAUAGAUUGGUAGAAGAAAGACAGAAGUGAUGGAGAUUGUUUCUGACUCUAACACAAGUGAUGCUGAUAAUCAAAUCCAAACUAGGGAUUCUUUGGUUAAUCCUUUAUCGGGAAAUAGUGCCAAUAAAAAUCUAGAAGAUCUCAUCUUGGGCCUCGAUGAUGACUUGGCCAUAAUCAAGCGAAGACUGACUGGACAGGAAAAGGCUCUUGAAAUUGUCACGAUAACUGGUGCGGGUGGUAUUGGCAAAAGUACACUCGCCAAACAAGCUUAUGAUUGUCUUGAAAUCAAGCAACACUUUGAUAUUCGUGCUUGGGUUACAAUAUCUCAAGAUUUUCGAAGAAGAGAUGUGUUGUUGGCUGCUUUACAUUGUAUAUCGAAGCAAACAAAUAUUGUCUAUGGAAAAGGUCACAAUAAAAAGGGUGAUGAUGAGUUGUUAGAUAACAUCAAUGAAGGAAGUGACAGUGACUUAGUCAACAUGCUGCAGAAAAAGUUAAAGGAUUAUGACGAUAGUCAAUUAGCUGACCUGGUGCAAAAAAACUUAAAGGGUCGACGGUACCUUGUUGUUAUUGAUGAUAUUUGGAGUACGGAUGCUUGGGAUUGCAUACAAGGGGUAUUUCCUAAUGGAAAUUAUGGGAAUCGUGUCUUAUUGACAACUAGGGAGAGAGAGGUGGCUACAUAUGCAAAUCCUUCUACACCUCAUCAGAUGAACCUCUUGUCUUCGGAUAGCAGUUGGAAGUUACUUCGUAAUAAGGUGUUUGGAUCAAAAGUUGACCACCUUGAUCCUGAGUUGGAAAAAAUUGGAGACCGAAUAGCAGAGAAGUGUCAAGGACUACCCUUAACAAUUUCAGUGAUUGCAGGACACCUCUCUAAAAUUCCCAAGACAGUAGAAAGUUGGAAGGCUGUUGCCAAAACUAUGAGUGCAAUCAUUGCUCGUAAUCCAGAUAACUGCUUAGGAGUGUUGGGCUUGAGUUACCAUUACUUGCCCGAGCCCCUCAAAUGUUGUUUUCUCUCUAUGGGUACUGCUUUUCCGGAGGAUUUUGAGGUUGAGGCUUGGAGAUUGAUUCAGUUAUGGAUAGCUGAGGAUUUUAUAAAGCCUGAAAAACCUAAGAGGUUGGAGGAAGUGGCAAAAGAUUAUCUGGACGAUCUUAUCAGCAGAAACUUGAUAAUGGUUAAUAAGAGGAGAUUGACUGGUGAGACAAAAACAUGCGGAGUUCAUGAUCGUCUGCAUGAAUUCUGUUUGAUUGAAGCUAAAAAGACAAAUUUCAUGCAUGUUGUGAGACGUGGUUUCUAUAGCAGCAGCACUGCUUAUGAAACUAGUGAUUCUAGUGUUCAAAGCUUCAGUUUUCGUACUAAAGCUCAUCUAAAUAUGUGCCACAAUGCGACCAGAUCUUUAUACUUUUUUGGUGAAUUUAUAACUUCUCCAUCACCUUCUCCAAAAUCUAGCAUACAUUUCAAACUUCUCAAGGUACUAGCCAUCUUCCGUCAUGAUAUGUUCUCUUCAUUCCCAAUUGAGAUAACAAAUUUGGUUAAUCUGAGAUAUCUUGCAGUUGCCUCCCACGGUGAUCCUCCAGAAUCAAUCUCAAAGCUGCGAAAGUUGCAAACUUUAAUAUUUACCAACUUAGUGGGAUUUGCAAACUUACCCGUGAAGAUAUGGAAGCUAACGGAUUUGAGGCAUAUCCGUGUGAACAGAUGCAGUUACUUGUGUAGUCCAAGUACCGCAGGACUUCAUAAAACAAAGAUGUCAAAUCUUGAGGAAUUUUCUACUCUAUGUUUCUCCAGCUGUACAAAUGAAAUCUUCUCUGCCAUUCCCAAUUUAAAGAGAUUGAGUAUUCGUCAAACUUAUUCAGAAAGUCUAAAAUGUGCUCUCAGGAACACCGACCACUUUCUUGAUAUGUCCAUCUUAAGGAAACUUCAAGCAUCAAAAUGUUUCUUCUAUGUACACUAUCGAUGUUCCCUUAGGAGGUACAUUUUUCCAACAUGCCUUAAGAGGUUGACUUUGAAAGGGAGUUAUUUGCCUUGGGAAGAAUUGUCAAGUCUUGUCGUAUUGCCAAAUCUUGAAGUGCUCAAGCUUAAAAAUUGUAAACGCGAUGAUCAGGUAUGGAGUUUAAAAGAUGAUGAGGAGUUUGCUAGGAUAAAGUUGUUGCUAAUUGGUAAUACAAAAUUAAAACGUUGGGAGGCUUGCAGUGAUUGCUUCCCUAUGCUACAAAGCCUAGUCCUCAAGGAUUGCACUGAACUGGAAAACAUUCCAGAGGAUUUUGUAAAUAGUUGUUUGUUGGAGUCAAUUGAGUUAUAUGAUUGCAGCACUUCUGCUGCUGAUUCUGCAAGAAGCAUUGCACAAGAGAAACAAGAAAUGGAAGGAAAUGAUAGCCUCAAGGUCCACGUCAAUAAAACUCGCAGGAGCUGAAGCUUAUUUUGAAGAGCAAUGGGAUGAUAUCUUCAAAAUGCAAAAUCUGUUCUUGUCUGAAAAUUAAAGUUGUUCUUUUUGUGUUGUAAUCAUUCCUUGUAUUCGUUGUGCGUUUGGAAUAAAGACAUGCAGUACAUGUCUCAUCCGUUUCAGAUCCAGUAUUUUGUAAUAAGCUCUGCAGAAUGAUAACUGUUAAUGCACUCUAAUAUUGCUGCUGAUGAGCACUAAAGUUGAUUAAUUAUGUAAAAGUAUUUCAGGAAUGUGACACUCAGUACUACUGGACGAUAGUCGAUACCCCUUGUAUUCAUUUCAUUUCUCUUAAGGCUUAGUACAUACUUUACUC